CUGUCACGCCAGCGUAACAGAAGCGUUUUCCGGGUCAGCGCUUUCAUUGCCCCGUUUAGCUCACGCAACAGUCCUUCCGGCCUGACCGCCAUCAAAGAUAGCAGACAUGGCUAUUCGUUAUCCUAUGGCUGUUGGCCUUAACAAAGGCCACCCAGUCACCAAAAAUGUAACUGCUCCCAAACACAGCCGCCGGCGCGGGCGUCUGACCAAACACACCAAGUUUGUGCGGGAUAUGAUCCGUGAAGUGUGUGGGUUUGCUCCGUAUGAGAGGAGAGCCAUGGAGCUGCUGAAAGUGUCCAAGGACAAGAGAGCCCUCAAGUUCAUCAAGAAGAGGAUCGGCACUCACAUUCGGGCCAAGAGAAAGAGAGAAGAGCUGAGCAACGUACUGGCUGCCAUGAGAAAGGCUGCUGCCAAGAAGGAGUAAAAGUCAUUUAAUAAAACAUGAAACUACAUUCCAGCCUCGUCUUUCUCUUUUUGCUUUGUCACCAUUCAUCAGAUCUGUUUAUGUUGCUGCAACCAUCUCGGUCGUCAGCACACCUGAAGAUGUUUGUAGAAAUCUCAAAAUAUAGACAUAACAUGCUGCUUGGCUUUAGACCAGACUGUAGAUUAGCCUACUGUGGCUAAAGGAAUGAAUAUCACCAAAGAACUUGUAAAAUUACCGCUGCAGCAGAAAUAAAGCAUAUACAUUUUUGUAUAGAAAUGUGUACUUUAAGUAUAAAAUAAAUUUUAGAAUGGU